UGUGCAUUUCUUAGGCCUUCUUAUAUCUGUGCUUUUCCAUGAGAUCAAAAUCCUCUUGAGCCUCACUGUUUCAUCUGCCCGAGUCCCCAUGUUUUCUACGUCUGCUGCAGUGCAUAAGCGUAAUCCACUAAUCCCCGUUUGGAGUUGGUUGUUGAGCGGGUCUCAAAGAGCGAUUGCCUACAGAUACAAAAAAAACUUCAGGAAUACUGCCAUGCAGUUCACUACGUGCCGACUAUUUCCAAAGAUCCAAAGUGCCAAUUGCUUUUGCGUACUAUACAAAUGUUCGAUCCGUAUCUUGAUCUUGCCUCGAGCAUGGAACAAUUUACAAAGCAUUGCAAAACCGCGCAGGCAGAAUUUAGCCAUCAAUUUUGUGUUCUCCCGACCUUAAAUUUUUUUACUCAAAAGCGAGCUGGCUUUGUGAACAAUGCCUUUUUCUCUCAGCGUUUUUCAAACCACAGAACACAAAAUGACCUUGCAUCCACAGGUUCCUCAAAUUUUGGCACUUAUUACUAGUAAAACUCAGCGGAAGUGUCCC